CAUCUUACACCAUAGCAUGUGGACCCUUAUACCUGGGGACCCUUUACAACCCCCACCACUGAAAAGAUUGCCAGGAAGGCCAAGGACUUCAAGAAAGAGGGCUGCUCAUGAGCCACCAGCUGGAACAAGUCAGACCAAAAGGUCUAGUACCUUGAGAUGCAAAUGGUGCAUGCAAUUUGGACACAACAAGAGAACUUGCCAAAGAGGUCCAGUCAGGGGUGAAGCAUCUGCUGCUGGUAGGGGCAGUGGCACAUCCAGUGGUAGAGGCAGUGGCAAAACUGAUGGCACAUCCAGUGGUAGAGGCAGUGCCAAAACUACUGGUAGGGGCAGUGGCAGAUCUGUGAGUAGGGGCAGAGGUAGAGACAAUUCAAGUGGGAGAGGUAGUUCAGCUAAGAGGGGCAAUGCAAGUGGUAGAGGCAACUCAAGUGGGAGGGACAGUUCAGCUGGGAGGGGAAAUACAACUACAAGAGGAAGUUCAGCUGGGAAGGGAAGUUCAAGUGGGAGAGGCAAGGGCAAGGCCAACCAUGCACAAGUGAGAGGCAAGGGCAAGGCCAACCAUGCACAAGAUAUUCCAAGAGGGACCCCCCCAAUGCCUGCUGAAUGUGUGACACAGGUCACACAGCAUCAUGUUAGUUAUGAACUUACUUAUGAAGUUACAAUGAAAUUAGCUAAGUUGUUGAUAUUUGUUUGUUUGUGACACAGGUCAGACAACAUCAAUUUAUUUGUUUGUUUGUUUGUUUGACUUUUUUUUGCAGAUGACUUAGCUAAGUUGUUGAUAUUUUGGGUACAAGGAUUAACAUAGGU